AUGGAGUCGGACCUGGACUUCAUCAGGGAGCUGACGCGCUACAGGAGCGGCGCGGAGCGAGCCGCUAGGAACGACGAGUACGAGUUCGCUCUCGUCUUGAACCCAAACGACGAGUACCGGGACGCGGUGGAGGUGCUCGAGCUUGCCCUCGACCUCGGGGAUGGGGGGGGAGGGGUCACGACCAGCCCGCAGAAGCUGGACAAGGUGAAGCGGAGCGGCCCGGGGAGCGGCCGCAAGGGGGGGGGGGGUCCCCCGGUGGUGAGGCCCGGUCUCUCCGAGGGGCUUGAGGGGGUGGGUGGGGGUCGAAGGACGCGGCUGAGCCUGCUGGACGACCUUCAGGAAGAGGAGGGGCGCUUGACGAGCCGCAGGAAGAAAGAGCUAGAGCGGAAGAAGAAGCACCGCCUGUUCCACUUCGUCCACAAGAUGCAGGAGGGCGUCAUCGUCCGGAGGCACCUCGCUCACCGCACCUGCGAUCAGAUCGUCCUGCAGAGCACCGACGACUGCCGGACCAUCUCCUGGAAACCCUUGCUGGCCGCGGACGGCGGGGCCAGCGGCGGCGGGGGCGGGGCAAUCAGCGGCCUGUUUCAGAGCCUGAGGAGGGGAGCGGCGGGCAGCAGGCUGAGCAAGAAGAACCGCGCCGAGUGCGUCAAGACCGCGCACAUCGCGGUCGUCCUGCCGGCGACCGAUCCCGACCCGAGCCAGCCGGGCUUCUUCGGCACCCGGGCGCUGCGGCUGUCCGAGGACAUCCCCAACCCGUCGCGGACGUUCAGCCUGCUGUACGGGGACUGGGGAAGGGGGCACUGCGGAAUGGAGGAUCAGGUGCAGGGUACCCUGGACUUGGAGUGCCCCGACGACGGGAUGUACGCCAUGCUCUUCCAGCGAGUCGCUGCCGACAACAGACAGCACUUCCGGGGGCGACACGGUCGGUGA